CCCGCCCGCGCCAUGCCCCGCGCCCCCGCCGCCGCCCCGCUGCUGCUGCUGGCGCUGCUGCUGGCGGCGGCCCCCCCGCCCGGCGGCUCGGAGAGCCCGAAGGGGAAGCAGAAGGCGCUCCGGCAGCGGGAGGUGGUGGACGUGUACAACGGCGGCGUGUGCUUGCAAGGCCCCAGUGGCGUUCCUGGACGGGAUGGAAACCCUGGAGCCAACGGGAUCCCCGGGACACCUGGAAUCCCGGGACGGGACGGGCUGAAGGGGGAGAAGGGGGAGUGCAUGCGUGAGAGCAUCGAGGAGUCCUGGACGCCCAACUUCAAGCAGUGUUCGUGGAGUGCACUUAAUUACGGCAUCGAUCUCGGGAAGAUAGCCGAAUGUACGUUUACAAAGAUGCGCUCGAACAGUGCUCUCCGUGUUCUCUUCAGUGGAUCGCUUCGGCUAAAAUGCAAAAACGCCUGUUGCCAGCGCUGGUACUUUACUUUUAAUGGAGCAGAAUGUGCCGGGCCACUUCCUAUUGAAGCCAUAAUAUAUUUAGACCAAGGAAGCCCGGAGCUGAAUUCUACCAUUAAUAUACAUCGAACUUCUUCAGUGGAAGGUCUGUGUGAAGGGAUCAACGCCGGCUUGGUGGAUAUUGCCAUCUGGGUCGGGACUUGCUCAGAUUAUCCGAAGGGAGAUGCUUCUACUGGAUGGAAUUCAGUCUCCCGAAUCAUCAUUGAAGAACUGCCAAAAUAACUUUCCCUCCCUUUUUAUAAUCUCUAUUUUUUUUUUUAUUUUGUACAAUUUUCUUCAGAAUUUAUUUCUAGAGUUGGAUGCAAGCAUUUGACUGAAAGGCACCAAACUCUUGCAU